AUUUGUUUGAAGUUAUUUCAAAUUUUAGAAAACCACGUGUAGAUUCUUCGAUCUUAGACCCGUUGUCGAAUUCGGAGUAAUUUGAACCGUUCAGUUGAAAAUAUUGGAAAGCAGUUAUCGAUUGCCAUUGAUCACAGACAAUACGUUCUGCAUUAUUAGUUUUCAUUUGAACUGUAUUGCAACGGGACAGAAGGCGAGGGUACUCGUGAAGUUGAGGAUAAGGAAGAUCACGAGGUGAGCAAUGCCAAUCAAAUUAUACCACCGGGAUUACGAAAACAAGGAUCAGGAGAACGAGAUAUCACCGGUCGUUAGUUCUCAGAAGAUGACAGACAAGACGACUUUGAACUACCUGAGGACCCACGAUCCAAAUGCACCGUAUUCAAUCAACACGGUGCACCUGCAAAAUCCUUACAAACCUCCGCAAAGGCUGGAAGGAUUUUCAACGCGAGGCAAUUCGAAAAUACGGCCGGUGUCCGUCAAGAUUAAGUAUCGAUCGAGGGACACGACACUGAGAUCGAAACACAGGAAGAGCGGAUCGUUGAUACGAGACUUUGCUGCAGGGCAACAUAGUGGCCGCGACAAUGAUAAAACUCCUAGGAAAAACGAAAGUAUGAAGCAGUGCUUGAAGAAUGUAGAGAUCAAGGCUGCCUUGGAACAAUACUGCGCGAACACUAGCCUUCAUGGAUUACGUUAUGUCGGCGACUCGAACCUGACUAUCGGCGAAAGGAUAUUCUGGAUGAUAGCUUUCACUCUUGCGGUUCUGGCCGCCUCGUACUACAUAUGGAUUCUCUAUCGGAAAUGGGUCUCCACGCCGAUCAUCAUUUCCUUGAGCCCGGAAUCAGUAGCUUUGGACGAGUUUCCGUUUCCCUCGGUCACAGUUUGCAACAUGAACAACGCGAAAAAAAGCGAGGCAGCGCGCAUAAACGCAGGACAGGACCGUCGUAAGAAGCUCUUGCUGGACGAUAGAUGUAGCAACACGGAAGCGAACUUUUCAGCUUACGAUCUUGAUGAAAGCGCAAUUACAUGGAAUAACAUGCUGCAUUUCACGAUCAAUGUAUCACAGUCCUGUGCAGAAAUGUUGCAUGUGUGCCAAUGGCGUGGGAACAUAACCGACUGUGAGAAGCUAUUCAACCCUACCCUGACCGACGAGGGAAUGUGCUGUAAUUUUAACUCUGUCGACAAGAAGUUCCUAUUUUACAAUGCACAGGAUUGGCCCGACCUGAACAACACGUUCCCGUUCAAUAGUAUCGACUGGAACCCCGAAACUGGCUACGAAGGUAAUCUCCACACGGAAUCUUUGCCAUGGAGACCUUACGGGGCUGGACAAUUUUAUGGUUUGACUUUGGUCCUGGACGCGGAUAUUGCCGAAUAUUAUUGUUCCUCCACCGCAAGCGUGGGUUUCAAGAUGCUGCUGCACAAUCCGGUAGAGACUCCGAAGAUAGCCGAAUACGCGUUUGCUAUAACUCCAGGCGAGGAGACUAGAAUAAUCGUGACGCCCCGGAUAUCGACCGCCAGCAAGUCGAUAAUCUCCAUUCCCCUGAGGAAGAGGAAAUGCUUCUUCACCUCAGAGCGAAAGCUGCGUUACUAUAGGACUUACACGCAGAGGAACUGCGUUCUGGAGUGCGAGGCGAACUACACUCAAAAGAACUGCGACUGCGUUCAGUACUACAUGCCCAAAUCCUCUAACACCCCGAUCUGUGAGAAAAAAGAUGAUCCAUGCGCGCAUGAGACCCGUCUUGCAAUGGAGAUAAAGCUGUACGAUGACGACGGUAGCUUAGGCCCCCUAAACAUCACGGGAACACCGAGUUGCAACUGCUACCCGGGCUGUUUCGAAAUUAAUUACAACGUGGAGAUAUCGCAGAGCAAGUUGAUGCCCAACAUCGACAUGGCAGAUUUUUUUGUGAAGAAGGAUAAGGAAUAUUUUUCCAAAAACAUGGCAGUGGUUCAUUUAUUCUUGGUUGAAUCGCAGUUCACUAAGUUUGUGAAAAACGAGCUAUUUGGAUUCACUGAGUUUUUAUCAAGUACCGGUGGUCUCUUAGGACUCUUCAUGGGCUUCAGUUUUAUGUCACUAGUGGAAAUUGGCUACUUUGUUAUACUGCGAUUCUGGUGCCGCAUAUUUAAAAAUAGUCGAACCUCCCGUACUGUGCUUCACGUGCAUCCGUUGAAUACUAAUAAGAACGUCAUUUAUCCGUUCGUGCAGUGAUGAAUUUUUGAAUUCUGAUUCGAUAUUUAUUAGUAAUAUUUCAGGGUGCGUAAAUUUUUCUUAGAGAACGCUGCAGAAGAGGUACAAAGUUUGAAUAGAAUCAAAAAUUUCUUUAGCUAAUAGAUUGUAACACCACGAAGUGAAAGUCAAUAAAGCACGCGAAUAUUGUGAUUGACCAACUUUUGAUGCGCACUGUACAAAGAUGUGUUAGGUAUGCUGUAACAGUGUGCGAUCACGUUACACUCUUUUGGUUUCGAAAGAAGGAUACUGAAUACGACCAUUAUCGUUUCAAAAUACUAGAAACGUGUAAUAAAAAAAUACUGCUCCAUAAGAGAUUGGAGUGUUAGAUCGCUUUCUCAGUUUGUACGACGUUUAAAUGUACGUAAAUCGAUGCGACAUUUUACUCAUUUCAAUUUGACAUUGUCUUUAUCGACAUUCUCUUACUCGCUUUAUCAGCAAGCAUAAUUUAUUGCAUUUCGAAACCAAUUCCAGUGUCUUUUCCAUAAACAAAGUAAAAAACAGUUGACGAAUUUGUGGCAACAAUCACACGCAAUACUUAUGACAACGUUAUAUUAUAUAAUUAAUCGUAAACAUUUUUUGAGAAUAGUGUAAUCAACAUUUCAGGACAAUUGCGGCACAAAGUAGUUCUAGAAACCGAACUAGAUAACACGAUGCGUUGCCGCUGCCACAAACAAUUACCUACUGUCAUCGAUAAACAGUAUUAGAAUUUACAUAACAAACUAACAAGGAAUUAAAUGAUCGAUGACAGUUACCUGCUUAAAUUUAACUGUUACUUCGUCAAAUGUUAAAAUUUCGAUCUGCCAAAACACAAGUAAUGCUAGCUCAAGAGUAGUGUCAUUGAAGAUUGACUUACCGUUGUUGUGGAAUUUCCGGUGCAGCGUCAACCAUAAUCGGGUAACAUCCUCGGAAACAUUUAGGUGUAAUAGCAGAUCCUGGCGGUAAUUUGACGAUCGUUAAGAUGGAAAAACACUCGCCUAAUCAGGAACUAAACACAGUUCACAGUUCUUCUAGACGCCAUGUUUAUUCCUGCACGGCACGGGUGUGACUAUGUUCACUUACCGCUGAAUAAUGACUAUGUUCACGGCGUGCGUGGGUUUUCUCUUACGCGCAUGUGUGCCGUUGCCCGCGAAAAUUCAAACGUCCUACCAUCAAAAACACAUUUCACCAAUAUACAAAAACAUUUACAAAGCUCAAAUUCGUUAACGAUUCUACGCUUAGGUUGAUCAUGAACUUUUCUCAUUCGUGUAUCAAACGCAAAAAUAAUAAAAGUUAAAUAAAACUCACGUGAGUCUUCAAAAA